AUGCCGACGCUGGAGGAUCUGGCGGCGCUUUGGGACGUUCCUUGCAAGGGCGCGAAGGAGCAGCUGAAGAGUGACGAGGGCGUAGCGGUGGUUGAGCGACAGGAAACCGCUUCCAAGAGCAAUUCAGCCACUGUUGCACGCUACCUUAGCCAAAAGCGGAAGCUCUCUUCGAAGAGGCGGAUGCUGCGGGAAUUCCUCUCAGACAGCGAGGAUUCGGAUGCGGACGAAUCCGUUUCCCCGCGCGACACCGAAAGAAUUCUGCGCCGCUUUCCGGAGGAGCAGGAGCUGAGCGAGGACAGCGACAGCGAGGACAGCGACAGCGAUUCCCGUCCGCCCAAGAAGCAGGCCUUGAGCGCCGAAGCACAGGUGCGCGAGCGGAGCCUGCUCUCCGACAGCGACGAUUCGGACGCGGACGAGUCCGAUUCCCCGCUCGGCACCAGCACAGGGCUUCUGCUCUGCUUCUGGUGA